AUGUCUUUGUCUCCUGACAUGCAGACACUCUACACCCGGGCCAUUGAGAACCCUUUCACUCUGAGUCCCGCCGAAAAGUACUUCGUCUUGAGGGGCGUCUCCAAGGAGGAAGACGACAAGUCCUGCCUCAGACGCUGCGGCCUCACGCGCAGAGAAGCGCUCGACAAAGCGCUCGCCACCCCCAACGACCUCACUCAAGAGGAGGUCGACUGCAUCUUGGCGGGCACCGAACACGAUCCCGACAUGGCGGAGUUGACGGACGAACAUGCCGAGCUACAGCUAAACGCCCGCGUCAAAGUAGAACAUAUGGGGGACGAGACGAAGGACUACGACGACUGGCUUGCAGUCAUAGUGGCACACUGGCGCAGCACGCAGCUCCGCAACGAGCGCCUUUUCAACGAGGAAAACGAGAUGUGGGAUCUGUUGCGGGCCCGUGCCGAGGCUGCGCCGGAGCUCUCGCGGCCGGCCUGGAUCCAGGAGGUCAUAGACGCGGAGCCGAAGAGAUGGGGGUUCGUUUGUUUCGCGACGGGACACGCGGUGAAGCCUCCAGGCGCGGAGGAAUGGGACCAGAAGGAGGCGGAUCUUGCUGCGAUCGGCCGGUUCGCGGAUAUCAUUGACACGUUCACGUACAAAGGGCUGCGGUACCAGUGGGCGGGUCUGGACGAGGGAAAGCUCUCGGAGACGUACGAGAUGAUGUUUCCCAUGGCGCAGACGUUUCCGGAUACGUCGUUUCCCACCAUGCGGCUUGGGUUCAGGAUGAUGCGGGACAUGGGCAUGGUUCCCGAGGGUCUGCGGACAGACUGCUUUCUGGUGGUGGACUUGGCGGAGGUGCCGGACGGACUUGCGGCAGAUGAUUUGUACAUUAUGCAAUUCGUUGGCACAUCUUCGAUGGAUGUCACGGCCGUGUACGCCGACUACGACGAGGACUCGGCUGAGAUCGAAGGUGGCUUCAUGGGUCAUAUCACCGUGCCUUUGCCUAGGGUGUAUGAUUGGCUGCACUAUAGCUUGUUUGCAGAAAAGGAGACUUGGGAGGAAAGGCACAAGAUGACGACGACGCAGUCUUGGACUAAGGAUAUCUGGGAGAACGAGCGGCCACCUCAAUUUCCUAGAUACUAG